AAACUGAAUAUAUGAAAUGGAGAUGUCGCCAGCACGCCAAUCAAUAGAUUCUUAUUUAUCAUUUAUUCACUUUGGAAAGCCAUACAGAAGCAACUUCCUCUCCACCACCCGCUCCGAAUCCCGACCGCCACCAACACCAUUCUGAUUCUCUUUUUUCUCUUCUUUUUCUACCUCUCUUCGAUCUCCUAAAUCUGCAACUCUUUCGCAACAGAAUUCAACAUAUAAGUUGUGGAGACUAGUUGUUUGGAUAUUUUUCCUUGCAAAAUGAACUCGUCUUUGCGUUUGUUGUCUUCUGAGCUAACAUGUCCUGCAAGUGAAUCCAUGCAAUACGCAAAUAUGAACUUUCUGUUGUCCAAACCAUCGGUAAGAGUCUCCUGUUUCAUUAAGAAAGGUGAUAAGCAAGUAUCUAAUUGCGACGGAAGAAACGCCGCUGUUUCUUGUCAAUUGAUGCAUAGCCACGUAGAGGAGUCAUAUAAAAGAAAGAAAAGGGUACAGUUGCCAGUACAUAAGCCAGAUUUUGUGAGGACAUUGUUGAUUGACAACUAUGAUAGUUACACAUACAAUAUAUACCAGGAACUUUCUAUUAUUAAUGGCGUCCCUCCCGUGGUGAUCCAAAAUGAUGAUUGGACAUGGGAAGAACUUUGCCAUUACAUAUAUGAAGAAAAUGCAUUUGAUAAUAUUGUCAUAUCACCUGGACCUGGUUCUCCAGCAUGCCCAGAAGAUAUAGGCAUUUGUCUUCAGCUAUUGCUUAAAUGCUGGGAUAUUCCUGUUCUGGGUGUUUGCCUAGGUCACCAGGCAUUAGGUUAUGUGCAUGGAGCUCAAGUUGUCCAUGCAUCUGAACCCAUCCAUGGGCGUUUAAGUGAAAUUGAGCACACCGGCUGCCAGCUUUUUCGUGAUAUACCUUCUGGUGGAAAUUCUGGUUUCAAGGUUGUUCGAUAUCAUUCACUGGUUUUAGAUUCAGAAUCACUUCCUGAAGAUCUCAUUCCAAUAGCAUGGACCUCCUCCAAUAGCACACUUCCAUUUAUUGGGCCCAAAGAUUCUGGCAAAUUAAAUGCUCAUGAAAGUCAGACAGAUCAAAGCAUUUUUGUUGAUCCUUUUUUAGCUGAAGUAGGAAAUGGAAGUUCAAACCAUGUUGGUUAUGGACGAACUAGAAGUGCAAGAGUUCUCAUGGGAAUUAGGCAUUCCACAAGACCACACUAUGGUGUGCAGUUUCAUCCGGAGAGUGUUGCAACAUGCCAUGGAAGUCAAAUAUUCAAGAAUUUUAGAGAGAUUACAGAAAAUUAUUGGCUGAGAUUUAGGCCAUCAUACAAGGACAAGCAUGUUCAUUCUGAUGCAUGCAUGCAGGUUUCAAGUGCUAAUAGACACUACAGAGAAGUUUGCAGAAGUGUUAGUUCAGAGAAUAAUGAAGUGGAUCAGUUAAAAAAAGUUGUUAAUGGAGUUAGACAUAUUGCAUGCAAUAAUGCUGAGAUGAAACGUUCAGAAAUGUUUGACAUGCUAAACGCUGAUCAUGCAAGCACUGAUUAUAAAUGUUUGAAGUUGAAAUGGAAGAAAUUUGGUCGCUUGGCUGGUCAAGUUGGUGGAGCAAGAAGUAUAUUUUGUCAGUUGUUUGGACAGGAAACUGAAAAUACCUUUUGGUUGGAUAGUUCGUCCACAGAGAAGGGAAGAGCAAGAUUUUCAUUUAUGGGAGGAAAAGGUGGAUCACUUUGGAAGCAGUUAACAUUCAGAUUGUCUGAUCAAAGUGAUGGGUGUUCAAAAGGUGGUGGAUAUUUGUCAAUUGAAGAUUCUAAAGGUUCGGCCAAAACAAUAUUCUUGGAAGAUGGUUUUCUUGAUUUUUUGAACAAGGAGCUUCAAUCAUAUCGUUAUGAUAAACAUGAAUAUGAAGGUCUGCCAUUUGACUUUCACGGAGGAUAUGUUGGUUACAUUGGAUAUGACCUCAAAGUUGAAUGUGGUGUCACAUCUAACCGUCACAAAUCUAAAACUCCAGAUGCAUGUUUUUUCUUUGCUGAUAAUCUUGUAGCUAUUGACCACAAAAAUGAUGAUGUUUAUUUGUUGGCUAUACAUGAAGAAAGCUCAAGUAUUACACAGUGGUUGGAUGAAGCAGAGGAUAAACUUCUGAGCUUAAAUGGCUCUGUGAGAAUGGCUUUGGAAAGACAGAACUCUCAUCCCUUAACUUUUUCCUCAAGUAAAGCUGGUUUUGCAGCUGAAAAAUCUAGAGAGCAGUACAUUGAGGAUGUUAAGAAGUGUCUAAACUACAUUAAAGAUGGAGAAAGUUAUGAGUUAUGUCUCACAACUCAGAUAAGGAAACCUGUAGAGAAAUUAAAUUCUCUUGGAUUUUAUCUGCAUUUGAGAGAAAGGAAUCCAUCACCUUAUGCUGCUUGGCUUAAUUUUUCAAAUGAGGAUCUGUGUAUUUGCUGUUCUUCUCCUGAGAGGUUCCUGCAGUUGGAUAGGAAUGGUACUCUUGAAGCUAAGCCCAUCAAGGGUACAGUAGCUCGUGGUGCUACCAAAGAGGAAGAUGAGCAACUCAAAUUGAAAUUACAGUUCAGUGAAAAGGAUCAGGCUGAAAACUUGAUGAUUGUUGACCUUCUAAGGAAUGACCUUGGUCGUGUUUGUGAUCCUGGAUCUGUUCAUGUGCCACACCUCAUGGAUGUGGAAUCAUAUGCAACUGUUCACACAAUGGUGAGUACGAUACGUGGUAAGAAACGGUCAGAUGUCAGUGCUGUGGACUGUGUCAAAGCUGCAUUUCCUGGUGGUUCAAUGACAGGUGCACCAAAGUUGAGAUCAAUGGAACUUCUUGAUUCUCUGGAAAGUUGUUCUCGAGGUAUCUACUCAGGCUGUAUUGGAUUUUUCUCGUAUAAUCAGACAUUUGAUCUAAAUAUUGUCAUAAGAACAGUCAUUAUACACGAGGGUGAAGCUUCAAUAGGAGCUGGAGGGGCAAUUGUUGCUCUGUCAAACCCUGAAGAUGAGUAUGAAGAGAUGGUCUUGAAAACAAAAGCCCCAGCAAACGCUAUGAUUCAUUUUGAAUAGAGUUCAGUAAGUCAAACAAUAGCUUUUUCCUUUUUGGCUCAAGGUCAGAGAGCAAUACGAUUCAAUGUAUGAGUCCUUCUAAUCGUUUUAUAAUUUAAUAGAAUAGUAAAGGAUGUUGUAGAAUAGCUAGGUUCAAUUAUUUUGGGGUUAGAAUUCAAUUGAUUUUCUUUCCAAAGAGGAUAGAUAGAUAAAAUGUACUAGUAAUGUUUAUGCUUAGUCAUACUUGGCUUCAAUUUAGGCCCGCUGGGUUAUACGUCGGGUUUUUCUAUACUGUAAUUUGAGUUGGAUGAAGUCCCAAUGUUUUCAUUGUAUUCAUUCAUUUCCUUGUGAAAUUGUGAUAUUUUAUUCGUUGAUACUCUUUUCCACGUGAUUUCUACAAUUAUGUUGCUGCAUUAUUGAGGUAUCUAUUUGUU